AUUUUGCGAAAGAAAUUCUUGAUGGUUCCGAAGUUAUAAAAACUGAGACGACCGAUAACACUGGAACUUUCCAGUGACUUCCGCGGAUGGCUCAGAACAUCGAAGGUAUUUCUUCCACUUCUACACCUUCUUCUCCCUCUCAGAGCACGAUUUUAUCUCUCACUGGUGCUAAAUCGAGAUAAAGAUUUGACGAAAAGAGUGAAAUUUCAAGAAUGUUUGGAGUAGUAUUCCCUAAUCGGAGCUUCCCUAUGGAUAUAUCCACCUUCGCUCAAAUCGACACCACCCACUGGCUCCUCGAUAUGAACACCUUCGUCGGGGAAGCGUACGACUCAAUCCGGGAAGUCUGCAUCUUCCUUUUGAAUAACUUCACGCUCCCGCCGGAUAAAGCUCUCGCCGUGUACAUCCAAUCUCCGGGCUCGCCGUUCCUUUUCUGCGGCGCUGUCACGCUGUCCCGCCCUUCCGCGGUGCUAACAUUGCCGUGGCCAGAACCGGGCGGGGAACUCCAGCUCACGGCGGAUGCCACACCGCUGUCUGCUAAGAUCGGCGUCUCGGUUGAGGAACUAGCCACGCUGCCGUCACUCGAUGUGGCUGCGGAGAAGAAGAUCGAGAGGCUGGCCAUGAAAGUGGGGGAGAACUUGUUCAAUUUCAUGCAAUCGUUUUGCGGUGUCGAUGGUAGCAGGCUAGUGGUGCCCAUGGAUAUUUUGGACAGGUGGUUCAAGAAAUUUCAAGAACGGGCCAAACGUGACCCGGAAUAUCUCAAAGGUUUCGCUCUUUAGUUUCUUUUUUAUUUCAACACAACAAAAAUCAAGCAGCCUACAUUUUUUGUUUGUACUGAUAUUUAUAUAUGCUGCGAAAGUUUGAUUCCUGCAAGCCUAGUGAUCGAGCUAAAUUAGAUGUGAUUUUGUAUGAUUAUUAUGUUGUAGCUUGUUAUGUUAUGAAGUGAGACCGCUUUCAUGAGAGUUUGUUUCCGUCCAACC